AUGAGCAGUGGCAGUGGCAAUGUGACAAGUCUUAAGGCUCACUUACUUAUACAUAUAAAUAUAUUCAUCUUGAGUAGAUGACGAGGCAUCUUUGGGCCCCUUUUUAAGGGAAAAACGCGUCAAAGAUGCGCUUCAAGAUGAAUAUCGGGAAGGUCUAAAAGUCCUGCUCCACGACCAAGGGAAGUCCGACUCCACGAUGGUGGCAAUGUGAUCACAAGUCCUGCUCCUCCACCUGUGGUGGUGCUUCCUUCUUACAAGCAUGACUCUUGGACAGAUGACGUUGGGGCAGCGGUCACUGUGGUCACGACGUAUGACAGGAUGUUUACGUCUUCCGAAGACAUGUCCGUACUUUCAGACGCAGAAAGGCAGGAGGGUGGCUGGUUCCUCCUCCUCGCGCCGCGUGCUUGGAGGACGAAGAUUAUACCGGAACAAGAAGGCUCUCCAGUCUCCGCUAGAGGUAGAGAACUUAAGGCUUGUUCCCCUAAUCCAUCCCUGUAGACUGACAUUCCUGAAAGAUAUGCGCCGCCCCAAUAGAUACAAGGGAGAGAUACAACUGACGCAUAAUAUGCUUGAGGGAUAAUUAUCCCUCAAGCCGGGAAGAUGAAUUAUUUAGGGAAGAUAACUACUCUAACGAACAACUGUUCGCGGAGGAGCCGCCUUUUGAUCUGGUUCCAGUUUCGAGGCUAGCUAGUAUGAGGAAGGUCGAAAGAGAAUGGAUCACUCCCUUCGGCCAAGGUGCACUGGAAGUUCGCGACAUUUUCCUCAUCGAUGAUCCGAAUCGCUCUGCGAUGGGCGCCUCGACGACG